CUAUCGACUCGAGUGGUAGCAUCCCUAAUUGACUCAUAAAUUGAAUUGGUUGAAGAUGAAUCAAAACAAGGGUAUUUUUUGUUAAAUUGUUGUGUGUUGUUGUAGUCACACGCCUAAACAAAACAAGAAGAAUAUUUUUUUGUCCAUGGUAAUUGGUACAGGUGGUCAAUUACAUGGGUUACUUAUCGUGAAUAAGUUCUGGAAGCCCCGUCAUCAGCAUCAUGAAGACGGCCGUGACGGUGCUGCAGGAGAUGAUGGUGAAGCUGGGCCAGACGCCCGACUACGAGUGCAUCGCGCAGUCGGGCCCGCAGCACCUGGCCACCUUCGAGUACCGCUGCGCUGCGCUGGGCGCCGCCGUCACCGCCGCCGCGCGCUCCAAGAAGGAGGCCAAGCAGGAGGCCGCGCGCCUCAUGCUGCGCCGCCUGGCGCUGCUCGGCCACCCCGUGCCGCCGCCCUACGCCGCGCACGAUCAGACGGACGCGGAGGAGGGCGCGGCGGCGAGCGCGCGCGGCGCGGGCGAGGCGGGCGGCGGCGGCGCGCGCUCCUACGUGGCGCUGCUCAAGGAGCUGUGCGAGGAGUACCGCCUGCCCGGCGCCGAGUACGAGCUGGUGGGCGACACGGGCCCGCCGCACCUGCGCCACUUCACGGUGGCGGCGCGCGUGGGCCAGUUCUCGCGCAGCGCCACGGCCACCACCAAGAAGGCCGCGCGCCAGAUCGCCGCCGACCAGCUCUACUCCUACCUGCGCGAGAACCUGGCGCGCCUCACCAAGGACUUCGUGGAGGAGGACGCGCUGGUGCGCGCGCACGCGAAGGCGAUGGAGCGCUUCCAGGAGGCGCGCGACGAGCGGCUGCGGCCGGACCUGGGCCAGCGCGUGGCGGACUACCACCUAGGUUUGACCUGUCGCCUCGAGCCCGAGGCGUGGGACGCGGCUCUGCGCGCGCUGGAGGCCGAGCACGACGGCGGGCUGGAGGGCGCGCUGGCGGCGCUGGGGCUGCAGGCCGAGGCCACGACCCUGGAGGCGGCGGGCGCGCCGCUGCACGUGCUGACGCUGGACGCCGCCGCGCCGCCGCUGGCCUUCGCCGGCGCCAGCCCGCAGCGCGCGCGCGCCGCCGCCGCCCGCUACCUGCGCCGCGCGCUCGCCCGCCGCCGCCCGCCCGCCACGCCCGAGCUCGCCUAGCCCGCGUGCGCCCACCGACCGACUAACGUUAAGAGUAUACACACACGGGAACACAUCUAUUUAU